AUGUCCGUUCAGGCACAAAUUUUCCAUCCAAGACAUGCCGUCUCGGCGGGAGUUGUGAUUGGCGAUGGGUUCCAUGAAACCUUGAGUGGCCCACGCCCGACAGUGAGAGACUGGAAUGGCUGCUCGACCACUUUGCCAAUCCUGCGGCAAGCUUUCGAGCCUGUCUGCGAGGCGACCUUACCGGAAUCGUUAUCUGUGCCCGACGCGAUGCUGGGAAACAACGCCUUGAGCAAAGACCAGCCAGAAUAUUACUACAUGCAUCUGCAGCCCAUCACUCAGAUCGGUGUCUGCUAA